GUAGAUCCUGAAGAUUAUUUUGUAAAACAAGAAAAGAUCGGCAAAGGAUCGUUUGGAGAAGUUUUCAAAGGCAUUGAUAGCAGAACAGGAGAAACUGUCGCUAUUAAAAUAAUUGAUCUCGAAGAAGCUGAAGAUGAAAUAGAAGAUAUCCAACAAGAAAUUACCAUCUUAUCUCAAUGUGAUUCUCCUUACAUCACAAAAUAUUGUGGUUCCUACAUAAAAGGCUCAAAGUUGUGGAUAAUAAUGGAAUACUUGGGUGGUGGUUCUGGACUAGAUGUUAUGAAACCUGGGCAAAUAGAAGAACAUUAUAUUGCUGUAAUUCUUCGAGAAAUUCUUAAAGGUUUAUCUUAUUUGCACAACGAAAACAAGUUACAUCGUGAUAUAAAAGCUGCAAAUGUUUUGUUUUCCAAAAAUGGAGAAGUGAAAUUGGCUGAUUUUGGAGUAGCUGGUCAAAUUACAGACACACAGUUGAAAAGAAAUACUUUUGUUGGCACUCCAUUUUGGAUGGCCCCUGAAGUAAUCCUUCAGAAACCCUACGACUGUAAGUCAGAUAUAUGGAGUUUAGGAAUUACUGCUAUAGAAUUUGCUAAAGGUGAUCCACCUCAUUCUGAGCAGCAUCCCAUGAAAGUUUUGUUCAACAUUCCGAAAAAUGAACCACCAAAACUCACCGGUCAUUUUAGCAAAAAUUUCAAAGAAUUUGUCGAGCACUGUCUCAACAAAGAUCCUGCUAAUCGUUUGACAGCUAAAGAACUACUAAAAACCUCAUUUAUUAAACAAGCUAAAAAAACAUCAAUAUUAUCAGAACUUGUUGAACGUUACAAUCGCUGGAAAUCAAUGAAUCCUGGCGAUGACUCAGACGAUGAAGAUGAUGAGUUGUAA